GAUUCGCACCGAUGGUGGGCGUUCUCAUUCGCUUAGGCACUAGUUCCAUGCGGCCCACGUACGACUCGACUCGUCCGAAAUCGGGACUUAUAAACGCAUAAAAAAGCCAUUCGAUUCAAUUGAAGACGGGCACGCGAUGCAAUAACCAAUAAACAAUUAACAAACUGCGAAUAUUCAUCAAGUGGCGAACACUGCGUAUACGCAAUACGUGUACGCAUAAAUAAUUCCAGUGACAAUUAGUGAUAAAAGUGAGUGCUCGAAUGUGAAAUUGUUCAACAUUGUUUCGGUUCAUUAUUUGUGCCAUUGACAUUGACAUUGUCAUUGACGCCUCUGUCCCGGCCAACAUCUCCCCGGGGGGUGCUGAUUCCGCCCCGCUGCAGUUCCGAAGAACCGCUGCCGCUGGAGGAGAAAGCGGGCUCGGCACUAGAUUGCCAGCGAUAGGAGGAACUGGGAGCAACUUUGAAGAGCGUGGAUUUUUGGCCAAAAUGCUGAUGAGUAGAACGAAACUCUAGGAACCGCAGUACAAGGAGACAGAAAAGUUUUCAACGACUGUAAGUUUUCUAAGAGUUUGCGGUUCCCCUCGACGCGCUUGAAUGGAGUUUGACAAUGGCUUGCUGUGGCACAGCCAGCGGGUGGCCGGCAGCGAGCUGAGUGACGAGCGACUCUAUUACAUAGCCCCGCAGCAGCCCCUGCUGCGCAACGAGGAGGAUGACUACCCGGACGUCUCCCUCUCACUCACAGACUCUGCCUCGCUUUUGUACAACGCCACAGCCGGCUCUGGCGAGCUGGAGGUGCGCGAUGCAGAGGCUGUCUACAGUUAUGCUUCAACGACCACGCUCAAUGGCCUGGACUUUGAGCACUUCAAUGUCACGGUCCUGAUGAACUUUAGCUGCGAGGAAACGGAGUCCUCGUCGGAUGACGUCUGGUCCAGCGUCUACUUUAAGAGCACCGUCUACCUGCUGUACAUUCCAAUCUUCAUAUUCGCGCUGAUCGGUAACGGCACCGUCUGCUAUAUCGUCCAGUCCACGCCGCGCAUGCGCACCGUCACCAAUUACUUUAUCGCCAACCUGGCGCUCGGCGACAUCCUGAUGUCUUUAUUCUGCGUGCCCUCCUCCUUCAUCUCGCUGUUCAUCCUCAACUACUGGCCCUUUGGCAUAGUGCUCUGUCACUUUGUCAACUACUCGCAGGCGGUGUCUGUGCUAGUCAGCGCCUACACUUUGGUGGCCAUCAGCAUUGAUCGAUAUAUAGCCAUCAUGUGGCCCCUCAGGCCUCGCAUCACAAAGCGCUAUGCUAAAUUUAUCAUCGGCGGCGUUUGGUUUAUUGCACUUGCCACCGCGUUUCCCAUACCUGUCGUCUCCCGCCUCGUCAUGCCCACAUCGGCGUGGCACGAGAAAUGCGAGAAAUACAUCUGCCGCGAGAUGUGGCCGUCCAGCGCUCAGGAGUACUACUACACACUGGCCCUCUUCACGCUGCAGUUCGUCGUGCCGCUGCUGGUGCUCAUUUUCACCUACACGCGCAUCGCCAUCGCCGUCUGGGGCAAGCGACCGCCUGGGGAGGCGGAGAACUCCCGGGACCAGCGCAUGGCGCGCUCCAAGCGCAAGCCGCGUCUUAACCGCAAAAGCGAAAGUAAAGUUCGCCUUGCCAGUUCCGAUGGGAAUCUCAAUCUCUGUUUGAAGUCCGGGACUGGUCGUUUAUCUUUGGCUCAAUUUACGCUUCGACUGGCCGCUUACCUAAUCGACGAGGGCGAGGACUGCAGCGGUGGUUCGGGAUCGGGUUCGGGUUCGGGUUCGGGGGCCAUGCAGAUGUGGUGA